AUGUCAGCAAAGAAAAGCUAUGAGAGCUCCAAUCAGACUCAAGCCCAUCUUAUAACAACUGAGCUCCAGUUCCCUGUGAGCUACGUGGACCGCCUCGUGCAGGAGGAUCAAUACACCCAUUGCCUGAGUUCAUCUACAACUGAUUUCCUCCUUACCAUGCUAGACUACCUCACUGACUACAUCCUGGACCUGGUAAGCACUGAGGCCAACAACAGCAACAUGCAAACUGCCCCACAAGAGGUGGAGAGAGCGGUGGACAGCAAUGGAGAGCCCUACCACCGCUUGAAGGAUACAGCCUUCACCCUGUUUGAUGAGAUGCCUGGAUCCAGAAGAAAUGGCUAA